UCUAUGACGUCAUCAUCAUGCGUCUAAUGAAUGAACGUUCUCUGCCUGAGCCAUCGACAGCAGAUAGACGGUCUGAAGACAACAGGUUUUGAAAGUCUGUUUUUCACUUUUAGGAUGCCUCUCCCACCGGCUUUACUAGCCCGUCUUGCAAAGAGAGGAAUUUUAAAACAGUCAGAGCAUGAAGCUGAGGAGGAGAUCAUUGCUGAGGAUUAUGAUGACAACGAUGUAGACUAUGAGGCCACCAGAGUAGAGAAUUUACCUACUAACUGGUACAAAGUAUUUGACCCUGAUUGUGGUCUGCCGUACUACUGGAAUGUGGAGACAGACCUGGUGUCGUGGCUUGCUCCAAACGACCCCGGAGCUGUUUUGACCAAACCUGCAAAGAAGCAGAAAGGAGAUCCGGGAGACGGCUUGAGAGUUGAGAAACAAAUUGAGAAGGUUGACCGAGAGAUGGAACGAGAAAGAGACAGGGAACGAGAAAGAGACCGGGAAUGGGAGAGGGAGCGGGAACGAGAUCGAGAGAGAGAAAGGCAGCGAGAGGAGGGGAGAGACAACAGAGACCGGGGGGACAGACGGAUGCAGAGGAGAGAAGAUGCUGCUCCAUACAAUAAACCCAAAAGAGGGAGGGAUCGCAAACCAGAGGAGAUGGACCCGAUGGAUCCCAGUGCCUACUCCGAUGCUCCAAAGGGCUCGUGGUCCACCGGCCUGCCCAAGCGCAACGAGGCGAAGACGGGCGCGGACACCACAGCAGCGGGACCACUGUUCCAGCAGCGGCCGUAUCCCAGUCCCGGAGCGGUCCUGCGGGCCAACGCCGAACUCACCAAACGGGACUCUGACUGACCUCACACAGAUGGAGACCUAUACCCACGGAGAGAACCAGCAGCUUGGGCGACACCACCACCACCUCCACCACCACCAGCUGUUCUCUACACUGUCUCUGCAUCGGGGUCCUCUGGCUCAUCUAUGAGGCAUCAACAGAGAGCUACAAAUGUCACUGUAGUAAUGUGUGUACAUAUUUCAAGCCGCGAGUAAUGUCUUUGGAUGAUGCGAGCAGAAACAAGAUCCUUUUGUAGCCCAAGUCCCAAUGGAAGUGUAACCCACAAGCUUAUUGGUGGCAGAGUAUGGACACAUCAUCUUCAGCUUCCUUAUGUCCCCCUAAUUGUUUUAAUCAGACUUCUGAAGGGGAAGUCGUUGUGACUAAUUCAAUCGUAGCCACCCCUGCGUGUGGUGUUCAUCAAGCCGUGCAUAAUAAACCUAUAUGUACGCGAGUGGAUCUGUGGUGUACGGUGUGAGGCCGUAGUCUAUUUCUAUCCUGCUGCACGGGGCUCUGCUGUGUGGGGCUGGGACCGCGGCUCUGGGCUGAGCAUCUGUGCCAGGGAGAGCAGCUUGUCCUCUGCUGGCUUGAAGGUCUUUCGUUUUGCUUGUGUCAGCUUGCAAGGCCGCUGCAGCGCUCCUGAUUGAAUUAACUAUGCUGUUCAGGUCACCUGGUUUUCUUCCCCCAUGUGGGUGGGUGGUAUGUGGCUUUUUUUUUUGUAAAUAUAUUUUACUUUUCUAUUAAAAAAAGAAGGUUGGACAUUAA